AGUGUUCAGAGGACUCCCUUCAGUUCUGAUCUAGGAAACAGGGGAUAUCUUCAGAGGACUCCACUAGCGUUUGACCCACUACAACCAGAUCCUGGAGAGCCGGGAAAGUGGCCAAUUUAUGGAAAUACCAGCUCAAAGCUAAUGUCUGCAAUCAGUCCAAGAGUAGAUUUGUUGUUCAGAGAAUCUCAGAUUUUGUCUAAAUUGUGCCAGAUUAGGACUGAUGUCUCGAAUCCUGUCUUUCAUGUACUGUGUUCCAUUAAUCAGACAAAACCUGCUUUUGUUGCAGAGCCUUGUCUGGUUAAGGAGGCUUGCCCACUUUACUUGACUCCGGUAGACAGUUUAACUUCUGGUUCUAACACAUUUAAGACAGAAAUGACGUCUCACCCACAACACAUGACCUUUGGGGAAAGAGAUCUCAAUGAAAAACACCACCAGACUAUAGUUAUUAUGGAAGAAGACCCUGUAGUGAUCGAGGCAGCUACCAGUCUCUUUGAGAGGCAUCUGACUGUAUCAACUUUGCUGAAGUACCAGAAGGGGGCUGUACAUUUGCUGAGGGGAAGCCAUUCCUUUUCCAAUAGAAAUCAUGAUGUCAUACUGGUUGGCCAUGGCAGCAAUGGAGCCAAUGGAACAGUGCAGCUUGCUGGUUAUGGCCCAGAAGAACUUGCCAGAUUUGUGUCCACUUUAAAAACAUUCAGCAUUUUUGGUGAUAUUGGUACCAUCCGCCUCCUCAGCUGCAACCUUGGAAAUGACCUGCACUUCAUGAUGAAGCUGCUACAAGUCCUCCAGUCUCUCAGCGUGGAAACUCAGCUCCACAUACACAACUCCUUCCUGUCUGUUAGUUCUGAUGGAGAAAUCAUGACAAGGACCAAUGGGGUCUGGAGGUCCCAUGACCACAGCAGAAGGGUUAUUGCUGAACUGGACGAAAGAGGUGAGCUGCUUAUGAAAGUGGAACUAGGCUGUGCAGGGCCAGUGUUUUCUGAUUAUCAAGGAAAUCUGUUGUAUUUCCAGACACUGGAGUGGCCUAGUCACCCUCAAAUGUUUGUUCCAAUGGAGCUGCGGAAAAAGUACCCUUCCAUAGAUUGCCUGGAGGGGCUCACUUGGAGCUUGUUCUUUGAGGAGAAUGAAAGAAGGCGUGCUCCUGAUUACGUCCCAAACAAAACCCUCCAGAAAAUGAUUUGGCUUACAGAGCCAGGACCAGACGAAAACAAUAUUGUCUUGAAGCAUAUCAAUGACAUUCAGGACCUACUUGUGGAGAUACGAUACAAUGCCAAAGAGGAAGUUGCAUCAGACCUCUAUUACGUUCUCAAUGCAUGCAUUUAUAGAGUACACAGGGAAAGUCUAAAUGUAAGUCUGGCAGGCAAGUUCAUGAACGCUGACAAUCAAGCAGAAAUUGAAUAUUUCCGUAAGAAUUUUGCUGAGCAACCGGGUGAGUUUUCCCUGCAGCAGUUGAGACAGGGUCUCAAAGCAGCCAAAUUCAACGACUUCUGUCGCCAGACUUUCCAGUUCCAGCAGUGUAGCUACAACUGUGAGCGAUGGGGUCGAUACUUCAUGGCUGCAGUGUUUUCAUCAUCCGUGUACAACUUCAGAACCUUCUCGCUUUUUCUCAUGAGCGUGAUCGGUUGUGAAGUGGGUCGCUCGCGGGGUACUGACAGCCCCUUGUGUGCCGCCUUUGUGGGGCUUGACCACCCCAUGGAGACCGACCAACCUUGGCCUAAACAUCUGCGACGAGGAUUCUACGGCGGUACCGUCGACAACUAUGAAAUGUCCCCAAAAAACACACAGAUUUGGUUGGAUGAGGUUGUUGGAAAGGAAAACGCCCUGUACAUCAAAUCGAAACAGCUAAUGAAUGUUGUUGGACAUGACGAGCAAACAGAGCUAGAAAUAUUUGGGAGGGUUAAAGUCAUGAAUCGGUAUGUGUUCUCUUCUUAUCUUGAAUACUUUCGAGGUACACCGGAGGGAAAGAAACUCAAGAGAGGAUGUACUCCCUCUUUUAAUGCAAACAUCCAUCCAUAAUGCUUGUGUAAUGUUGGAUUAGUAUUCUUCUUUUGCCGACACAGAUGUUGUAUACGGCCAUUGAAUAAUAGGAUACUUCAAUAUGGUGCAGCGUAAUCGAUCUAUUCGGCUUCAGCUUUCUGGCACUGCUUCAUAUCUGUUUAAUGUAUUUUUGUUGUUUUUUUAAAGUCACUUUCAUCCCAACUACUUCCUGUAUAGACUUUAAU